UCGCUUCUGAGGAACUUCACCGUCCUCGGCGGUGCAGGGAAGAGAUGUGGACAAGCCCCAUGGAGCUCAAGUGCCUUUUGAUGUGGCUCUUGUUUGGAUUCAUCAAGGGGAACAAGCGAGAAGGUUGCCCAGAUCCUCCAAGGAUUGAAUUUGCUGAUGUUACUGCUGAAAUGUAUGUGCCAGGGACCAAGAUGUACUAUGUAUGUGACAGUGACUAUGACAGAAAAAGUGGCCAUCACCCAGGAAUUCAGUGUAACAGUGGACAGCAGGGUGCCUUUUGGGACUACAGUGGAUUUGAAUGCAUUGAUAAGAACACUUUGCUGUCAACGGGUCCCACGGCCGAGUUACAUUUUAAACAGAAGCCAGAGAGUGAAGCACAAAGCCCUGCACCCCAGAAGCAAGAAAACUUUUCAGAGUUUGAUCAGAAAGAUUUUUGUGGUCCCCCCAAGACUGUUCCACAUGCCUCCAUAAGAGUGAAGAAACCCUAUUACACGGGACAAAUGCUACAUUUCAAAUGCCAGAGUGGUUAUGAUAAGCGACCCCCCACCUCUGGCACCAGCACGUGCGAGAACGUGAACGGCAACAUCACCUGGACCCCCCUCGACAUGAGAUGCACCAACACGUGGCCACCACAGACUGUUGAACCAGGUUUGACUCAUCCAUCCCUUUCCUCCUCAGUGACACUGCCAGUGACAGCUAUCUGUUUUGUCCUGCUUGUCAUUCUUGCUGUCUUUGUGUGACUCAUCAAGCAGACAACACGCUGAGUGAGGAUUUUUCUUAAAAAGGAGGAAGGGAGGACCUUGUGAAACCACAUCAGCAGUGGAUUUUUGCCAGUUCAUGAC